CGGGGGCGGGCAGAGUCACGUGGGUCUGGAUUUCCGCCAUUUGUUUUUCGGGAAGCGGCGGAAAGUUUUACUGGAUCCGAUAAGGGACGCUGUCAGACCUGAUGAGUUUUUUCAGCAUUUUCUGUUUCUAUUAUAGUAGCGGUGGAUGUUGGCCUAAAGUUUUGUUUCUGCACAAAUAGUUGGGCAGCUAAACCUGUGCAGUUCCUAAUGUCUGAAAGACACGGAACGCAGAUGAAAGUGCAAGAGGAUGAUAUGUCAAGCGGAGACUUGGGUGAUGGCCUCUGCAGGAAACCUGGCGGAAUUUAUGAACAGAAACGAGGUUCAAUUGCUGAGACCACAAGAUCAAGACAAGGUUCAGAUGCUGAUGACUCUAUUGCUAGUAGAAGUGCAAAAGAGGAUGAAAAGAAUGGGAUUAUGUUUUCUCAUUGGACAAAAUAUGGCAACCUCUACAAUUCAUUCCAUAAACGGACAACUUCUGAUGGGACUGGUACUAGCAGGUGGUCGAACAGUAGUGGCUCACAAGUUGAAAUGUCAAAUGAAGAGCUGAAACUGAGGCUUCAGGACGUUGUGGAGGAAGCAGAAUUUCUACGAUGUGAGCUUGAAGUAACGCAACAGCAACUUGAGGGGAAAUAUGAAGCAUUAAAAAUACUACAGAGCAUGGCUGUGCUUGAUAAAGCCACUACACAUACAAAGACGUUACUUCAAAAAACAGGAGAACGAAAUAAGAUUUUAGAGAAGGAAGUAAAUUUAUUACAGUGGGAAAACGACUUGAAACAGGAUAAAUUUAAGAAUUUGGAACAGUUCUGGAUUGGAAGAUAUGAUCGGAUGUGUAUUGAAAAUGCUGAACUUGCAAAAACUUUGGAAGCAAGAGAUGUUGAGAUUCGGGAUCUCAAAUCAGAAAAUGCUGUUUUGAACCAACAAUGUUCAGAGCUACUUGCAAUGCUGGAUGCAAAGGAUCAGCACACUUUCCAAAGAACAUUGCCGGUAAACAAGAAAGAAUUCACUGAGGUUACAACGUUGGAGCUGGGAGUGCUUGGAGCAUGUCACUGUAAUGGCACUGGAGCAGAGCCCUGUGCCUGUGCCAGAAUGGCAGCUGCCACACGGAAACAACUGCUGCAGCUGAAGGAAGAGUUUGAUCUUCAGAGAAAGCGAGAGGAAGAGGCGUACAUAAUGGUUGAUGCAUUUAGAAUUGCUUUUGAACACCAAUUGAAAAGGACAAAUGAUCAAACUCUCCGAAUUACUGAAGUGGAAAAACUGCAUAGAAAGGAUCCCAAGAAAGGACUUGUUUGGAAACGAACAAAAGCAGAUCCUUUCAACAAAACAAAAGUGAUUCAUACAACAAUUGGACAAAAGUUGAAGGGCCUGUUCAAUUCCUCAACAGAUUGUAAGAAACUGGAAGUCUUGGAGGAUCCACAGGAGGUGCUGAAGAUACUUAUAGACUUGUUAAAUGAUAAAGAGGAAGCUCUGGCACAUCAACGGAAGGUUAGCUAUAUGUUGGCACGAAGUGUUGAGGAACAAGAACGAAAUCACUUGAGAAAGGACACUCUAACUAUUGAAACAUCUGAAAUUGAUCAUUGUCAAAAAAGAUGGCACGAGUUAAAAAAUAUUUCUUGCCCAUCAAUUGAUCAAAACCGGAGUGAACACAGAACUCUUUUAAGGACAAACUCUUCCCCUGCAGGUUAUUUUGUGGGCAGUUGAGAAUUCAGGAGCAUUUAUGAAAACACUGCUUUUGUGGCAAGAAGUUUAAUAGAACAAGAUAAUGAAUGUCACUGAAGCAAAUAAAAACUUGACUUUUAAUGACUUCUGUUCAUAAAAUGUCAAAAAGGCAGUCCUUCAGAAGCAACAUGAUAUCUAUUGUUUAAAUUAAUUGAUAUGUAGUCUUUUAAAAAUUAACUGUUUAAGCUACUAAUUUAGUUUCCCUCUUACAGAAAUGUUGAUCGUCCAAUUUGUUUACAUGGUUUAGUUUGCCUUACAAAAUUAGAAUGUGAGUGACUUACCAAAUCUAAAUAUAUUACAGCAUUUAAUGUACAAAUGUUUAUGGAUAUAAUUUAAAUGUUUCUUGACUCUUAAAUAACACAAUUUAUCAUAUAACCCUAACAAGAAAUACAAUUCAAACAGCUAUCAAAUUGGCAAUGGUCUGGCCAGACAACAUGUCGAAUAUUGUUUCAGUUCUGGUCAUUAAGACACAGGGAAAAUACUGCAGAAAAUUGCCAUGCAGGUGAUCCUGGUCUUGCAAGUCAUGGGAAAAAAUCUAGAGAAACUUGGGCUGUUCAACCUUGAAAGAAGGUGUCCUGAGAGGUGAUUUUUGUGAAGGUAUAUAGCAUCUUUAAAAGUAAAUCUGGAAAAUUUUUUAAGAUUAAGUUGCAAGUGAAGGACACAUGAAAAGCAAAUUUGGGAUUGGUAUCAGAAAAUCUUUCAUCACACGAAAUAAAUAAUUUGCACUUUUGUAUCACCUAUCAUGCUAUACCCCAAAGUGCUUUGCAAUGAAUGACUUUUUAAUUGUAUUCAGUGUUAUUUAAGCAAACACAGCAAUUGUUCUGCACACCAAGGUCCCAUAGACAGCAAUCGAAGAAAUGAGCAGCUAAUCAAUUUUAGCUAAUAUUGGGUGAAGGAUACAUCUUGGGGCGAAUUCCCCUGUUCUGCUUCAAAUUAAGCCAUGGGAUCAUCUUGUCGAUUUGAGCCUUAUCUGAAAUUACCUUAUUUGUCAUAUAACCUCAAAGAGGAAUUUAUUUGGGGAAAAUGAUACAGAUAGAAUUUUAACUUCAUUUUUUAGAAAAAAAAAGUUGAUCAUGUUUAGCCUUGCCCAGAUGCAAUAUGAUAAAUUGUACUUAUGUCACAGAGGCCACUAAUGCAAGUCAUGUGAGAAUAAUGAUAUUGGCAGAUAUAUUUUUUAAAAAAAAACUUAAGUUUAUAUAGAUAAGUUUAAUUAAUUGUUGAUUGGGGAAAAUAAGCACAAUAUGACAUAAAGCAUUCUAUUCACAACAUCAUUUACUUGCUGAUAAAAUCGUAUCCCUAUGCUGUGCCUCUUCCCCAUACCCGUCAUAUCCCCACAAAAACAUCAAAUUAUAGAAGUUGUGCUGGAGAAUAGGCAGCAGUGAUGCAUCUGACCUACUCAAAUUUAAUCUUUCUCAUGACAUUAUUUUGUGUUGUGUAAUACUUUCUGCCAUAUACCUCAUAUUCAGAUAUGUUUGAGACUUCUUGGUAAUAGGUAAAUGAUAGAUUUAAGUUUGUUAAGGUGAGAACUCUCAAUGUAGUAAGGAUUAUUACAACUAAAUGAUCAAUUUUUAAAAAAUGGCAGAUAUGCAGUCUCAUUAUAAUCAACUCAUAACUAUGUGCUAGCUUGUAGGUCUUUCUCCUACAUUAGUAAUGAGAAACACAUUUUGAAGUGACAAGUGGAACAAACUUGAAUAAACAUUUUUGAUGUUUUUUAA